AUGGAUCGAGUGAAAAGCUCCAUGCAGCAAGUACCCAACGCCAUCCCUAAAGUGAUUCGACGCACCGGGGGCGCAAACAGUCUGGAGCUGGAGAAGGAAAACUUCGAGAGAGGGCAGGCAAUCAGCAUCAACAAGGCCAUCAACACACAGGAGGUUGCUGUCAAAGAGAAGCAUGCUCGGACCUGCAUCUUGGGCACUCAUCAUGAGAAAGGUGCGCAUACUUUCUGGGCAGCAGUCAAUCGGCUUCCUCUCUCCAGCAAUGCAGUCCUUUGCUGGAAGUUCUGCCACGUCUUCCACAAACUACUAAGAGAUGGUCAUCCAAAUGUGAUAAAGGACUCUAUGAGGAAUAAGGCUGAUUUGACGGAUAUGAGCAGGAUGUGGGGUCACCUAAGUGAAGGCUACGGGAAGCUCUGCAGCAUCUACCUCAAACUGCUCAUCACCAAAAUGGAGUUUCACAUCAAAAACCCUCGGUUCCCUGGCAACCUGCAGAUGUCAAACAGACAACUCGAAGAGGCAGGAGAGAAUGACGUCAACAACUUCUUUCAGUUAACAGUGGAGAUGUUUGAUUACCUGGAGUGUGAACUCAACCUCUUCCUUGGCGUAUUUAGCUCGCUGGAUAUGUCUCGGUCAGUGUCAGUAACUGCUGCAGGCCAGUGUCGUCUGGCGCCGCUCAUCCAAGUCAUCUUGGACUGCAGCCAUCUGUACGACUACACAGUCAAGCUGCUAUUUAAGCUACACUCAUGCCUUCCAGCAGACACUCUGCAAGGCCACAGAGAUCGCUUCCAGGAACAGUUUAAAAAGUUGAAGAGUCUAUUUUAUCGCUCCAGUAACUUGCAGUACUUCAAGAGGUUGAUUCAGAUCCCACAGUUGCCCGAGAAUCCUCCAAACUUCCUGCGUGCAUCUGCCUUGUCAGAGCACAUCAGCCCAGUGGUCGUGAUCCCAGCUGAGUCGUCUUCCCCAGAAUCUGAACAUAUGGUGGAAACUGAUGACUUGGUGGACACAGACCUACCGGCUCCAGUGGAGACCAAAUUCGAUGACCUGUUUGGCACCUCUGCGGCAAUUGACCCGUUCAACUUCAAUAAUCAGAAUGGGAUGCGCAAGGACGAUAAAGACCGACUGAUUGAACAGCUGACAAGGGAAGUUCAAGCUCUCAAGGACGAGUUGGAAUCAUUUCGACUUGAGAGUGGACGAUUAUGUCAGGCCUUAAGGGGCCGUGUCAAUGAACUGGAGGCAGAGCUGGCAGAGCAAAGCCACCUGAGGCUACAGGCAGCAGGGGAGAGUGAGUUCUUGAAGGCUGAGCUUGAUGACCUGAGAAGGGUCAGAGAGGACACGGAGAAAGAGCAGCGGAGUCUAACAGAGAUAGAGAAAAAAGCUCAGGCCAAUGAGCAGCGCUAUACCAAGUUAAAGGAGAAGUACAGCGAGUUAGUACAAGGUCAUGCUGAAUUGCUGAGAAAGAAUGCAGAGGUGACCCGGCAGAUGACGGUGGCUCGGGCAGCACAGGAUGAAGUUGAUGCCAUGAGAAAAGAGAUGCAGGACAAGGUGAAAGCCGCCCAGGAUUUUGCAGACAAACAGGAACGAGCGCAACGGGAACGAGUUGAAGAGUUGCAGAGGGAGCUUGUAUCCAAUAUGGCAGAGCUGGAUUCCCUCAAAACCACCAUGGCUUCCUCACAACAGUCUUCCAGUGAGGCACUCGGCACUCAACUAGCUGCCAUGGAAUCUGAGAAAGCGGCGCUCGUUGAAUCCUUGUCCAAGGUGAAGGCCGAGCUGGCUUUUCAAGGGGAGGAGCUCGAGCGUGUCCAAAGUUCAUUGGCAACUGAGAGGGAGAGCGGCGUGAAGACAGCAGAAGCCUUGCAGAAUCAGCUCAAUGACAAGGAGAGCAGGGAGCAGGCAUUAGAGAGCCAGCUGGUAACUGCCCGCUGGUCCAGUCUGCAGGGAGCUGUGGAAGAGGCAGAGAAGAUCAUCCAAGACUCACUGGCCCAGAUCGAUGAUCCAGCUCACAUUAGCUGCACUAGCUCAGCAGACUACCUGGCAUCCAGAUGUAAAGCAUCUGUAGACUGUGUGGAGCAGCUCCUUCCUGCCAGAGAUGCUUUUAUAGCUGAUGACACAGGUGUGUCUCAGUUGCUUAAAGUCGUAACCCAAUGUGGCCACCUAGUGGGCGACACAAUUGUUCAGGGCAGUGCCACCUCUCACAUGGUUCCUGUUGAACAGGCUGAUGUUCUUUCAGAAAGCGUGAAGGCGUGUGGUGCUGAAGCACUUCUUUUCCUGGGCCACAUGAAGAAGAAGGAGGACUUGAAAACUGCAGAUAACUGCAAACUGAAGGAGGCUCUCAAGGCCAUACUGGACACAGCAGAGAAAUUGCGUCCUAAGGGUCUGGAGUUGCAGCAAGGAGAGCUGGGAGAUCUUGUGGAGCAGGAAAUGGCGGCCACUUCUGCAGCUGUAGAAUCAGCUGCUGCCAGGAUAGAGGAAAUGCUCAACAAGUCUCGAGCAGUUGACACAGGCAUCAAAAUGGAGGUCAACGAGAGGAUCUUAGCUUCGUGCACGGACCUGAUGACAGCCAUUAAGGCACUUGUUCUUUCCUCCAAAGAUCUUCAAAGGGAAAUUGUGGAAAGUGGGAGGGGCGCAGCAUCUAAAAAGGAAUUCUAUGCCAAGAAUUCCCGUUGGACGGAGGGCCUUAUUUCUGCCUCCAAGGCAGUAGGAUGGGGUGCCACUGUCAUGGUGGAUGCGGCUGAUCUUGUGGUGCAAGGCAAAGGGAAGUUUGAGGAGUUGAUGGUGUGCUCUCGCGAAAUCGCGGCCAGCACAGCGCAACUUGUCGCUGCUUCAAAAGUUAAAGCAGACAAAGACAGUGGCAACUUGCAGCGCCUGCAACAGACGUCCCGAGGCGUCACCCAGGCUACUGCCGCUGUUGUGGCCUCCACCAAGUCUGGGAAGUCCCAGAUUGAAGACAAAGAUACAAUGGAUUUCUCCAGCAUGACGCUAACACAGAUCAAGCGACAAGAGAUGGACGCCCAGGUUCUGGUGCUGGAGCUGGAGACGCGCCUGCAGAAGGAGCGUGAGCGUCUCGGAGAGCUGAGGAAAAAACACUACGAGCUGGCGGGGGUUGCUGAGGGCUGGGAGGCCGACGAGGAGGGCUUUCUCUACCCCAUCUGA